AUGUUCCCACCAUGCGAUCCCUCCAUUCUCGAGCACAACCCUCAAUUCAAACGAUUGUAUGAGAGCCUCACAACCUCCCUUCUCACCUCCGAUGCCUCGACCCGCACUCAACCCAGAAGCUCGGCCCCCGCAGUCGUGGAACAAUGCCAGACCCAGCAUGCCAAAAAGCGAGUCAAAGAGCAAUUACUCGAGGAAAUUGCCUUUGUCCCCGAUACAGCCCUAUCAGCAGACGUGAGGAACCCAGCCUCUCAGAUGAACACACUCUCUGACAUCUCCCAGCACCACGAUAACCUAGCAAUAAUAACACUGUUCCUCUCAUCGCCCCCAGGGGCCCUAACCCUGGGCCAAGACAACGACACCCUAUCUCUACUAAGCCCGGACAUCCAGACAUUCACAUCAAAUCUCCCAACUCUAGUCCAACCCCUCUCAAGCCUCCUCAGCAAAUCGAUAUACGACCUCCGCGCCCUCUCAACCCAACAACAAGCCCCAGAGCCCGAGCUCCCCAGUCACCAUGCGCGCGCACGCGCCCGCGACCGCCGCGCCCGCACCUCCAUGGCCCCCAUCCCUCUUCUAUCAGACGAGCUGAGCUCCCGCGUCCGCAACCUCCGCCAGGCCCAGCUUGUCGAAGUACCCGCCGCCCGCCGCAAGAUGGCCGUCACGGCAGCAGAGGUCAUCGCAUUGCAAACACACAUUCUUGAGCGGACGGUUGUGAUCCUCGAGAGGGCGAAGUAUGGGGCUCUUGCGCGAGCGACAAGGGCCAAAGCAGACCAUUUGGCCAUUGUUGCUCAGGGCGUGGAGGGAAAAUUGGAGGUUACGAAAUUGGAAAUUGGGGCCAUGAUAUACUCCCCCGAGACUGUCGCUGCUCUUUCAAGGUAUAAAAUGCAUUUGGUAGAGACGGCGGAACGUUUAGAAGAGCUGAGGAAGGCUGCUACUGCGGACUUGAAGGCUCUUGGGGACCCUGACCUCUGUGGUUUGGAUGGAGGGGCUCUUGACGAUAUCAAGAGCCGGUAUGGCACCUUGGCCAGGGAGGUUGAGUUGGUUAAGGCGGAAAUUGCUCAGCUACGGGAAUGA